UGCAGAGAUAAAAUGAGUCGCUUUGGUUCGUCGCUUUCUACCGGGAUUAUUUAUCACUUUUUAUUGCCAUUUGGUGAUUUACAUCUGGUUCCUGAAAAACGUUACAGUAAAAAGUGUUCGUCAAUCGGCUGAUUAGCGAUAGUGAGGUGACAUUACCAGUGUGCAGAGCGGGAACAAGCGCGGCGACAAGCGCGGCAAUGCCCAGGUCCAAGAAGCGGAUCAACAAGGGAGGCGCUGGAGGCAGACCGCUCCGAGCACAGCAGCCUUUCAGUGAUGAGGAUGCAUCCAUUGAAACAAUGAGCCAUAGCAGCAGUUUUAGUGAUCCUACCAGCUUGGCUGAUGAUUGUACCGAGACUGAUCAAACUGUUGAAGAUCUUGAUGAAGAAGCAAGCCAAGAGGAUUAUGACUAUAGACUGAGAGGAUUUAUUGACAGCACCUUUGACAAAAGUGCAAAGGUCCGAAUAUCUGCACUUGAAGGAUUGAAAUCUGCUUUCUCAUCCAAACUCCUUUAUGACUUUAUCCUGGAAAGAAGGUUAACCCUAACAGACAGUAUCGAGCGCUGUCUGAAGAAAGGAAAAAGUGAAGAACAGUGUAUUGCCACCCAAGUUGCUUCUCUUCUUUGCAUUCAACUGGGAUCUAGCAUUGAAAGUGAAGAGGUCUUCAAAAGUUUGAGGCCCAUUUUCAAGACCAUCCUUACUGAUAAAUCAGUCUGUGUACAAACACGAAAAGCCUGUGCUACCAGUUUGGCUAUUUGUUGCUAUGUUGCAGCUGAUGAUAUUGAGGAUCUACACUUAACAAUUACCUACCUUGAGAGCAUCUUUACAACAUCUUACCAGAUGCAGGAUAAGACUAUUGGUGUCCAAACAGCAUCAUUAGACAUCAGUGCAUUAGUAGCAUGGUCAUUGUUGCUAACCAUUUGUCCACCCUCACUGAUGAAGAAAAUAUUUGAAACCCAUUUGGCCAAACUUCCUUGUCUACUCUCUUGUGGUAAUGUGGACAUGAGAAUUGCUGCUGGAGAGACGAUGGCUCUUUUGUUUGAGUUGGCCAGGGAUAUCUAUGAUGACUUUGAGUUCAAUGAUAUGGAGCUUCUAUGCUGCAAGUUGAAGGGUCUGGCUACUGACAGUAACAAGUAUCGAGCCAAAACAGACCGUAAGAAACAGCGGUCUGUUUUUAGAGAUGUCUUGAAGACCGUCGAGGAUGGAGACUUUGAUCCUGAAACUAUUACAUUUGGUCCUGAAUGCAUGUAUAUUGAUAGCUGGGUGAAAAAACGUACCUAUGAAACCUUCAAGGAACUUCUUGCAUCUGGUAUAAGGUUCCAUCUACAGGCUAAUGAAUUUGUGCGAAGUGUCUUUGAAUUGGGACCCCCACUGUUGCUUGAUGCUGCUACUCUGAAAGCAAACAAGACUUCUCGAGUUGAACGGCACUUUUACAACUCUGCUGUUAGCAAAGCUAGAACCAAGGCCAGGAACAAAUUCCGAGACAAGAGAGCAGAGAUUGGAGAAUACUUUUAAAUUCAGGCCACAUUCAAAAGGUGGUUUCCUGUGAAAAAUGUCUAUUAUACUUGUUUGUUUUGUAGCAAAUGGGGGGAGAUUUAUCUUCCCCAGACCCAUCAUUAUAUAGGUGUUUAUUUGGUCACACUUAACUUUCUAAUUACUUUUAACUAUUCACCCAGAUCUAAGAGUAUUUAUUUUGUAAAUUUUGCACAUUGAUGCCACAUAAUUGUACGUGAUUUUAAUUAGUGUAGGUAAUUUUUUGUAAUUAUCCUGAUUUAUUGUUGGAACUAUAUAAUGCUAUAAAUUAAGUACUAUCAGUUUAACGUGACUGAAUUUUUAAAUUUACAAAAUGACUUGCUGUCUAUUUAAAAUUAAAAAAUAAUGAGCAAAUGUGUGUUCUGAUCAAAGUUUUGCAAUAAACUGGGAAAAGGUCAAAUAACUCAUUAAAUGCAGCUGUGUGGAAA